GAAAGGUGGCCGGCGGCCAGCCCCGCCCCGUCCCCACCUGUGUGUGCUCAGCCAGCGGCCCGCACGCACGGAGGGAUAAAAGGUCGCCGUCUGCCUGAGGUCAGCGAGUUCCCUGCUUCUCCUCGCCCACCCCGUCCAGCUAGCCGCGUCCAGCCGCUAUGUCCAUCCACUUCAGCUCUCGCUCCACCGCCUUCCCGGGCCGAGGUGCCCAGAUGCGCCUGAGCUCGGGCCGCACCGGCAGCUUCGGCAGCAGCAGCCUCUAUGGCCUGGGCACCUCUAGGCCGCGCGUCGCGGUGCGCUCCGCUUAUGGGAGCCCGGUGGGCGCUGGCAUCCGAGAGAUCACUAUCAAUCAGAACUUGCUGGCACCGCUGAGGGUCGACAUCGACCCCACCAUCCAGCAGGUGCGCCAGGAGGAACGUGAGCAGAUCAAGACCCUCAACAACAAAUUUGCCUCCUUCAUCGACAAGGUGCGCUUCCUGGAGCAGCAGAACAAGAUGCUGGAGACCAAGUGGGCCCUGCUGCAGGAGCAGAAGUCAGCCAAGAGCAGCCAGCUUCCCCGGAUCUUUGAGACCCAGAUUGCGGGGCUGAGGCAGCAGCUUGAGGCACUGCAGCUGGAUGGGGGCCGCCUGGAGGCGGAACUGCGAGGCGUGCAGGAUGUGGUGGAAGAAUUCAAGAAUAAGUAUGAAGAGGAAAUCAACCGGCGCACGGCUGCUGAGAAUGAGUUUGUGUUGCUGAAGAAGGUCACACAGCCAGUUGUGGCUGAACCAGGAUUGUGUCCACACCAUGAAGCCAUUGGGACCCGGUCACACGUUUGGUUUGGGGCUCAGGACGUGGAUGCCGCCUACAUGAACAAGGUGGAGUUGGAGGCCAAGGUGGAUAGUCUGAAUGAUGAGAUCAGCUUCCUCAAGACCCUUAAUGAGACGGAGUUAGCAGAGCUGCAGUCUCAGAUCUCAGACACAUCUGUGGUACUGUCCAUGGACAACAGCCGCUCCCUCGACUUGGAUGGCAUCAUCGCCGAGGUCAAGGCCCAGUAUGACGAGAUGGCUAACCAUAGUCGGGCUGAGGCUGAAGCCUGGUACCAGACCAAGUUUGAGACCCUCCAGGCCCAGGCUGGGAAACAUGGAGAUGACCUCCGCAACACCCGGAAUGAGAUUGCGGAGAUGAACCGUACCAUCCAGAGGCUGCAGGCUGAGAUUGACACCGUGAAGAACCAGCGUGCCAAGUUGGAGGCCAGCAUUGCUGAGGCUGAGGAGCGUGGGGAGCUAGCACUCAAGGAUGCUCACACCAAGCAGGAGGAGCUGGAGUCCGCUCUGCAGCAGGCCAAACAGGAUAUGGCGCGGCAGCUGCGAGAGUACCAGGAGCUGAUGAAUGUCAAGCUGGCACUGGACAUCGAGAUCGCCACCUACCGCAAGCUGCUGGAGGGCGAGGAGAGCCGGUUGUCUGGAGAUGGAACGGGCCCUGUGAACAUCUCUGUAGUGAAUUCCACAGGGGGCAGUGGCAGCAGGCUCCUCUUCGGGGGAACCAUGGGCAGCAACGCUCUGAGUUUCACAAGCAGUGGGGGACCCGGGGCGCUCAAGGCCUACAACAUCAGGACCACAUCUACCACCCGCAGGGGCCCCCACAACUGAGCUCGUAUCACCAAGCUUGUGGGCUUGGAGAGUCCCUGUACCCCUUGGCCCGCACACAGGAGGACCCCUCCUGCAUCAUGUCCCUGCCCUGAGACCGGAAGAUGGCUUGAAACUGCUGCUGGUUUGAAUAAAGUUCCUCUCUGAGUGAGCGUCA